AUGCUAGUUCCAGGGGGAGUUGCAAUUAUUGCAGGGCUACUGGCCCAUCAACUUGUCUUCAUUCACGGAGAAUGGCAUCUAAAAGGCCCCAGAGUGGUCGCCUUCCAUCUUCUUUUUAGCUGUUUAUUCUGGGUAAAGCAAUUUUUUGGCCGCGGAAACACUCAAGCCAGCUUGGUUCGGACAAUAUACUUGGCGACAUGCUAUCUCUCAUCACUGUUCGCAAGUAUUGCAGUAUACCGGCUCAUGUUUCAUCGAUUGAAACAUUUCCCCGGCCCAAAACUAGCAGCAGUGACCAAACUAUGGCAUGUUUGGAAAUGUCGUGACUCGCGUGGACAUCUCGUCUUGCAGGACUGGCACGAAAAAUAUGGGGAGUUUGUACGAACCGGUAAGAUACAUCCCAACCAAGUAGGAUUCCUUGAUGACAUUGAGAUUGAAUACUCAGGUCCUGCCGAAAUCACCAUAUUCCACCCCGAAGCCUAUGAGGCCAUGGAUGGUCCUGACAAUGACAACACGCGCUCUGAUUGGUACGACCUUCUGUAUCCCCGGAUAUCCUCAAUCUUCACUCGCGACCGGCAAUUGCACCAUGAUAGGCGGAAGAUGUGGGAGCAAGCAUUGAGCAGGAAAGGUCUGGUGAACCUAAUGGCUCGCAAUACAUUGGAGACUGACAUUUGUUCAGCAUUACUCCAGUAUCAUCGUCGGGUGGUGGAAAAGGUACGAACGCUGCAGAGCCUAGUUGCUUCGGGAAAAUCACGCCCCGUUCUCAUAAAUGACCUAAUGUAUUUCUUCGCCUUUGACUCCAUGGGUGAUUUUGCCUUCAGCGAGGAUUUCGGCAUGAUGAGUAGCAAGAGGUGGCAUUCGUCGAUAGCGAUGUUACGCUCGGCACUCACGUUGCUAGGGCCAUUCAGUCCUGCAAUAUGGAUCCCGAGACUUGGGUUUGCAUUUAUCCCGUCGCUGUGGAAGGUCCGGCACUGGUUUCAUAUGCUCGAAUUUUGUGAUCAAUGCAUGGCUCGACGGAUGAAGAAAACACUCCCAGAUCGUGAUAUCGCAUCUUGGUUUAUUGAGGACCACAUCAAACGUGGAUCAGAUCCCACGCAGGCACGGUGGUUGAGCGGCGAUACUGCAACACUGGUUGUAGCCGGAAGCGACACCACUGCUCCUAGUCUAACCCUUCUCUUCUAUUUCCUUGCUCGAUACCCCACACAUGCUGAGAAGAUAUAUGAAGAGAUACAGGGGGUUGAUAGGGAGAAUCCAACUACCCUAGCCACGUUGUCUCAUUUGACGGGAACUAUAAACGAAGCAAUGCGAUUGCUUCCAGCAGUACUAACCUUCAGCUCUCGGGUAACUCCACCACAAGGACUAAUGAUAGAUGGUACGUUUAUCCCGGGAAAUACCAAAAUAUGUGCGCCACGCUACACGAUCGGUCGACUUGAAAGGGCGUACGUCUACCCCCAUGAGUUCAUCCCCGAGCGGUGGUACAGCCAACCGGAGCUGAUCAAGGAUAAAAGGGCAUUUGCUCCUUUUGGCGUCGGGCGUACAAGCUGUGUUGGUCGUCAUUUAGCUCUCGCACAAAUCCGACUCGUCGCUGCCGCCCUGGUGUUCCAUUAUCGGAUCAAAUUUGCACCUGAUGAGAAUAAUGGUGAGGCUGUGGAACGGGAUAUGAAGGACCAAUUGACCGCGCAGCCCGGUGCAUGUCGGCUUGUGUUCCAAAGUCGGGUAUAA